AUGGCAGGCAAACGCAUCGUCUUCACCGGCGGCUCAGGCAAAGCCGGCCGCCACGUAAUCCCCUACCUCCUCGCCCAAGGCUACCAAGUCCUCAACGUCGACCUCACCGACUUCCCCGACCCCAGCGCGGGCGUCUUCACCCUCAAAGCCGACCUGACCGACAGCGGCCAAGUCUUCAACGCGCUGACCUCGCACUACGGCUUCAAGGACUACGAGGGCCCUCACAACGCCAGCCCUCCAGAUGCGGUCAUUCACUUCGCCGCGUAUGCCAGGAACAUGCUCGUGCCGGACAACGAAUGCUACCGUGGUAACACGACGAGUACAUACAACGUCAUCGAAGCCGCCUGCAAACUCGGCGUGCGCAAGAUAAUCAUCGCGUCGUCAGAAACAACCUACGAAGUCUGCUUCGGCCAGGGCGAUCUCGACUACACCUCCUUCCCACUCGACGAAACCCACGACGUGAAUCCCAUGGACACUUACGCCAUCAGCAAACUCUGCGGCGAGAGGGUAGCCAGGGGCUUCGCGCGCCGCUUCGACGCAGACAUCUACGCGCUCAGAAUAGGCAAUGUCGUCGAGCCGCAUGAGUAUGAGAGAGAUUUCCCCGCGUAUAUCAAGAAUCCCGCCAUGCGCAAGAGGAAUGCGUGGAGUUAUAUCGACGCGCGGGACUUGGGGCAGAUAUGCCAUUUGUGUGUGCAAAAGGACGGGUUGGGGUUUCAAGUCUUCAACGCGACCAACGACACCAUCACUGCGACGUUUCCAACGCGCCAGUUCUUGGAGCAGUUUGCGCCGAAUAGUCCCGUGACGCGGGAGAUGGGGGAGUGGGAGGCGCCGCUGAGUAAUCGGAAGAUUAAGGAGGUGCUUGGGUUCAAAGAGGAACAUGAUUGGAGAAAGUAUUAUAAUCCUGACGCGUAA